UUCCUGAUUAUACUCGUGGGUGAAGGGAAAAAGGAGGACCGGAAAGUAAAAUUAUAAUAUCGUUGUGUGGCAUAUUGCAGCAUAUUGAAGUAAAUGUAAUAUGGAUUCAUCGUCGCUAUUUGAUUCAGAAUUAGAUUAUUUUCAAAAUGUUAUGUCCGGUAUUAAGAGUCUCAAAAAUCCUAAUAAUAAGGUCGAGUACGGGACCGCUGGUUUUAGAACUGAUGCCAAUCUCCUGGAUCAUGUCAUGUACAAAAUGGGUCUUUUAGCAGUAUUGAGAUCAAAAUUGAAAAAAGCUGCCAUAGGAUUAAUGAUUACUGCUAGUCACAAUCUAGAACCUGAUAAUGGUAUUAAACUCGUUGACCCAGCUGGUGAGAUGUUGGAAGUUUCCUGGGAGACAAUUGCAACAGACUUGGCUAAUGCAGAAAACAGUAGUUUGAAAGAAAGAUUGCAGCAAAUUUGUAUAAAUGAAAAAAUUGAUUUAUCUGUACCAGCCACAGUGAUAAUAGGAAGAGACACUCGCAAAACCAGUCCUAUGUUGUUGAAACUUGCCAGACAAGGGGUUGAGGCAUUGAAUGGCACUGUUAUAAAUUUAGAAUUAGUCACAACUCCACAGCUGCAUUAUGUUGUGGUAUGCAUAAACACUAAUGGUGUAUAUGGUGAGCCCACAUUGCAGGGGUAUUAUUCAAAACUUGCGACCAUGUUCAAAAAUAUAAGAGGUACUGAGAAAAACAAUAAGAACUAUAUGAACGAGAUACGAUUGGAUGCUGCAAACGGCGUCGGUGCUAUAGUCGCGAGAGAAUUUCAGAAAUAUUUGGAAGGUUCAUUGAACAUCGUUACAUUUAAUGAUGGAAAUGAACAGUUGAACUAUAAAUGUGGCGCAGAUUACGUCAAGGUACAGCAGGCAAUGCCUUUGAAUUUGCCAUAUGAGACAAAUGUCAAAUACGUCAGUGUAGAUGGAGAUGCAGACAGAGUCGUAUACUUUUACAUGGAUGAAAAUGAGAAGUUCCAUCUGAUGGAUGGAGAUCGAAUAGCGACGCUGAUAGCGGUCUACAUCAAGGAACUGUUGGAAAGCAGCGGUUUGUCGUUGCACUUGGGUUUGGUGCAAACUGCAUAUUCCAACGGCGCGGCGACCGACUAUAUUACGCAGAUAUUGAGAUUACCAGUGAAAUGUGUGCCGACCGGCGUAAAACAUUUGCACAAGGAAGCGAAGAAUUUCGACAUUGGAGUCUACUUCGAGGCGAAUGGACACGGUACCGUGCUCUUCAAGGACAGCGCUAAACGAGCGAUUCGUGAGCAUGUCGAAAACGCGACACUCUCGGAGACGCAACGAGCAUCCGCCACGAAGCUGAGAGCCGUGAUCGAUAUGAUAAACGAAACGGUCGGCGAUGCGUUCAGCGACAUGCUAUUGGUCGAGACUAUAUUGCACGCUAGAGGCUGGAAUGUCGCCGACUGGGAGAGAACCUAUAACGAAUUCCCGAACAGACAACUCAAGGUUAAAGUUCUCGAUAGAACGGACGUAACGACGACGGAUGCAGAAAGACGGUGCCUGACUCCGGCUGGUUUACAAGAGAAGAUCGAUAAAACCGUAUCGAAAUAUCGCAAAGGACGAUCUUUCAUCAGACCAUCCGGAACCGAGGAUGUGGUGCGGGUUUACGCAGAAUGUGAAGACUCGUCGCAAGUUAAUCAGUUGGCUGUAGAAGUAGCCGGAUUUGUGUAUGAUUACGCAAGUGGGCGCGGCGAGAGAGCCAGCUUAGAUAAGCUCUGAUAAGAUUAACGUUUGUGAAACGAACUGCUAUAUACGAACAGCUUUAGUUUUAUUAUAUAUGGAUGCUGAACAAUGGACCCGUAAAAGUUUACGUUGUGAAAGUUGAAACAUGAUUAAUAGUUUAUCGCUAACUGAGAGGUGUCGGGAAUAGAAGUGAAUUCAAAUGGUUUUUAUGCAAUUUAUUAACAUUAUUUGUGAUAGUCCAGUAAGAUACGAACAAAUGAACUGUAAUUAGUUAAUAACUAAUGACUGAUUUUAUAUAACUUUGAUAAUUUUAUAUACAUAUACAUACAUACAUAUAUAUAAU